AUGACUGCAGAAAGCGGAUUCAUGUCAUCCGACAGCGAUAGCGAGUUUGCAGAUCUGAAGAUUGCUGAAGACUUCAAGAAGUCAUCAAACUUGGAUAAAAUGACCGCUGCCUACUCAUCAAUCAUCUCCCAUGUUGGUGAGGAUGUGCAACGGCAAGGACUUUUAAAAACACCUGAUAGGGCUGCCAAAGCGAUGUUGUUCUUCACAAAGGGCUACGAACAACAGUUAGAUGAAAUUCUCAAUGAUGCUGUAUUCGAUGAGGAUCACGAUGAAAUGGUCAUAGUGAGGGAUAUUGAAAUGUUUUCCCUCUGUGAACAUCACUUGGUGCCCUUUAAUGGAAAGGUACACAUCGGGUACAUUCCGAACAAAAAAGUCCUGGGCCUUUCAAAACUGGCUCGAAUCGUCGAAAUGUUCAGUCGACGACUUCAAGUGCAGGAACGGCUAACAAAACAAAUAGCGACAGCAAUGGUACAAGCAGUUCAGCCUGCUGGUGUCGCCGUCGUAAUCGAGGCUAGCCACAUGUGCAUGGUUAUGCGUGGAGUUCAAAAGAUCAACGCUACCACGUCUACAUCCUGCAUGCUUGGAGCGUUCAAGGACGAUCCAAAGACGAGAGAAGAGUUUUUGAAUCUCAUCAACAAACGAUAG